AUGAAGUUUGCCAAAGUAUUGGAACAAACGUUGAUUGAAGAGGAGAUACCAAAUGCAUGGGUUGGAGCUGCUAUUCAAUAUAAAUUGUUAAAGAAGUGUAUUAAUAAAGUUGUUGAUGAACUUAAAUUUCUUGGAUUAGAACAGAAUACCCUCAAAGUUUUAUUAGAGGAUACAACCAGUCGAAGUAUUAUAGAGGUUGAUGAAUCUGCAGCUGUUGCAACCAACCCGGUGAUUGCUGAGUAUUCACUUACAAGAUCUAAAGGGUCAUCAUCGAUUAAACCAAUGCUUAAGAUUACCAUUGAUUAUUCCCAAGAAGACUAUACAGAUGAUCAUAUUGUUGAGCUUGGAGUUGAAUUAAAGGAAAAGAUUGAAAAAUUAUUAAAUUCUGAAGAAGAUGAAGAAGAAGGAGGAGUUUAUUUACUGAAACGGAAUAUUGUUGAAUUAAAGGAGAAUAAUGUAUUGAUAUUAUCUCCACAAACUAGUCAAAAAGAUGAUCAACAUAGUGAUAUACAAUCUAAUAAUCUGAACAAUAAGAGAGAAAAGAAAAAUGAAAUUAUUAUUGUCCUUAAUUCAGAUUCAAAAUUUUUCCAAAUGCUUGAUAGUGAAUUAGAAGCACUUGAUAAACUUCAAAAAGAUGAAGAGGGGAAGCUUAUGCAAGAGGUGGAGAAUAUACUGGGAGUAGUGAAAACGUUGGCAGGACCAUCAACAGUAAAAGCCUUGAAAAGAUCAGAUUUAUAUAAAUGGAGAGAAAUCUUUAGAAUUUAUUUGGAUCUGGAAGUAUUUUUCAGAUAUAAUGAAACAUCAAUUGCAAAUCUGGAACGUAAUUCAGGUCAAAUUAAACAGAAAUUUGGACAAUUUAUGGAUAGAGUUACCAAACUGGAUAUUUUAUCACAAUUUCAUAAUAAAAAAUCUUUGAUUGCAUUUAAUAAUUUUGUUGCAAUGAAUGAACAUUUAUUAAAAGUUUUACAAUUUCAAGCCAUUAAUACUACAGCAAUGAGAAAAAUAUUGAAAAAAUUUGAUAAACAAACUUCCUUGGGAGUAAGUCAUGUAUUCCCAAAACUUGUACUGGCAGAUCAUAUCUUUAUUACUGGUGCUUCUCUUGCACAAAGUAUAUGUUUUGUAAUGCAAAAUCUGUUAUUACAACUUAUUCCACAAUUGGAUGAUUAUACAUGUCCAAUUUGUUGUCUGGUUGCAUUCAAACCAAUAAAACUUUUAUGUGGGCAUUUAUUUUGUGUCCGAUGUCUUGUUAAAUUAAAAGGUCAAGAUAAAACAAAUUGUCCAAUUUGUAGACAUGAAGGAGCCAUUUUACAAGCUGAUAGUCUGAAUUUAGAUUUGGUUAAAUUAGAAUUGAUGCAAAAAUAUUUCCCACUUGAAGUUAAGGAAAAAUUACGUGAACGUGACAAGGAAAGAUAUGAUGAAAUGGUGGGUAAUGGGAAUCGUCAUAAUAAAUGUGCUGUUCAAUAA